CUGCCCAUUACUUCACAGCCUGUAAGCAAAGAAAAAGGCUUGAAAAUCCGUGAGAAACCCGAUAAUUUCAAUAUAAUUCCAAUCCUCCCACGUGGGAUUCUUCCUUCUCAUUCCCCUCAGUAGCUCUCUCUUUGUUCUUCUUCUUCUUCUUCUUCAAUCCUUUCUUUCUGUAUUAUUUUGUUGUUUUCGUCUCCUCCUACGACCGAGCCAAAAAAUAAAGAAAACCCAGUUCGAAUUCAUAGUUGUCCUCUAGUUUUUUUUUCUUCGAUAUGUGGGAAUCAGAGACUGAAUCGGUUAGAGGGAGAGAGUAUAGCAAUGGUGUUCUUAGCUCCAGUAAACAUGGCCUCAAAACUGAUGGCUUUGAGCUUAGAGGCCAGUCCUGGUAUGUUGCUACUGAUAUUCCAAGUGACCUUCUAGUUCAAGUUGGAGAGAUCAAUUUUCAUUUACACAAGUAUCCCAUGCUUUCCCGUAGUGGAAAAGUGAAUAGGCUUAUAUAUGAAUCAAACAACCCAGAGUUGAACAAAAUUGCUUUUGAAGAUCUUCCUGGAGGACCCGAGGCAUUCGAGUUAGCAGCCAAAUUCUGCUAUGGAAUCGCCGUCGAUUUAACAGCGGAGAACAUAUCUGGUUUACGAUGUUCUGCAGAGUAUCUUGAGAUGACAGAGGAUUUGGAAGAGGGCAAUCUGAUUUUCAAAACCGAAGCUUUUCUCAGUUACGUGGUGUUAUCUUCAUGGAGGGACUCGAUACUCGUCUUGAAAAGCUGCGAGGAGCUCACGCCGUGGGCGGAGAAUCUCCAAGUUGUGAGGAGGUGCAGCGUGAUAGCUUGGAAGGCUUGCGCCAAUCCGAAAGGGAUCAAAUGGGCGUAUACAGGGAAACCAAGUAAGGUUUCGAGCCCGAAAUGGAGUGAUUUGAAGGAGUGUAGUCCCAGUAGGAGUCAGCCUGUACCUCCUGAUUGGUGGUUUGAGGAUGUUUCUAUCCUCAGGAUCGAUCACUUUGUCAGGGUUGUUACCGCGAUCAAGGUGAAGGGAAUGCGGUUCGAAUUGAUCGGGGCGUCGAUAAUGCAUUACGCGGCAAAAUGGCCGGGUUUGAUAAAAGAUGGUCAGGGUCAGGGGCCAGCAGAUGAUAUGAUGAGCAUUAGCAGCAAUAGUAAUAGCAGUUGCGGAAGCAGUAGUUGGAAAGGUGGACUUCAUAUGAUUGUAGCUGGAACAAAGGAUGAAACUCCUUCGAUUCAGGCCAAAGAUCAACGGAUGAUCAUCGAGAGUCUGAUUAGCAUAAUCCCGCCACAGAAAGAUAGUGUUUCCUGCAGUUUUCUUCUUCGGCUUUUGCGGAUUGCGAACAUGCUGAAGGUGGCACCGGCUUUGGUAACCGAAUUGGAGAAGCAGGUCGGGAUGCAAUUCGAACAAGCUACGCUGGCAGAUCUUCUCAUUCCUUCUUACAAUAAAGGUGAAACCAUGUACGAUGUGGACCUUGUUCAGAGACUGUUGGAACAUUUCCUUGUUCAAGAACAGACAGAAAGUUCCAGCCCAAGUAGACCGCCUUUUUCGGACAAACACAUGUAUGAAGGAACACUGAGGGGAAAUAAUCCGAAUGCCAAGAUGAGAGUUGCCAGGCUUGUUGAUAGUUAUCUUACAGAGGUUUCGAGAGAUCGAAACCUGUCGCUAACGAAGUUUCAGGUACUCGCUGAAGCUUUGCCCGAGUCUGCAAGGACCUGCGAUGAUGGUCUUUAUCGAGCUAUUGAUUCAUAUCUUAAGGCUCACCCGACACUCUCUGAGCAUGAAAGGAAGCGACUCUGCCGUGUAAUGGACUGCCAAAAGCUCUCGAUCGAUGCCUGCCUGCAUGCUGCUCAAAACGAACGGCUCCCUCUGCGGAUUGUCGUUCAAGUUCUCUUCUCAGAGCAAGUGAAAAUAAGUAAUGCAUUGUCCAACAGCACACUCAAAGAUCCUGCAGAAACUCAAUACCAGCCAUUGAUACCGAACCACAAGACAUUACUUGAAACUACCCCGCAAUCUUUCCAAGAAGGAUGGUCGGCCGCCAAGAAGGACAUUAACACACUCAAAUUUGAGCUCGAGAGCGUCAAGGCCAAGUACCUCGAGCUCCAAAACGACAUGGAGAACUUGCAACGACAAUUCGAUAAGAUGUCGAAGCAGAAACAAACAUCCGCGUGGACCACUGGAUGGAAGAAACUUAGCAAACUCACCAAGAUGACUACCGUAGAAAACCACGACAUCGGACCUCAAAUGUCGACCGCAACAGAACAGACUAGAAAGACACCGAGAAGAUGGCGAAACUCGAUUUCGUAAAGAAGGGUGCCCUAAAAGUUAACUCUACAUGUUCAUCCUAUUUUGUUUAAUUUUUUUUUCAUGUUUUGCAGUAAUUACCACGACAAAUAAAAGAAAAACCACCAUGAAACAAUAACUUGAUAUUGUCAUUCAAAAUUUGUUCAGUGUUUGUGUGUGAAUCCACCGAUUUGGUCAGUGUGA